AUCAAGAAUGGUCCGUUUUCAUGGCGGAGUUCGACGACACGUGAGUGUAUGAAAGUGUUGGAAGCCUUUAUUUUGCCUGCAAAUUUGUUGCCAUGACGAAGAGACAAGCUCCGGGACGCAAGUUUGAUUCUGUCAAGAAGAAGAAAUUCAGACCUGGUCUAGAUGAGAUCACAGAUGUACAAGAUGAGAGAAAAGAGGAGGUGAAUGACAAGAAGAAGAGAAAAUCUAAUGAUGAGGCAUGUGUUCCUGUAGAAGACAUCACAGAAGAGCCGCAGAAUUGUGAGCAGGCGGAGAACAUGACACAUGGACAGGAAGAUCACACAAAGAAGAAGAAAAAGAAAGGGAAACACAAGGACUCUGAAGAAAAUGUUCCUAAAUCAAAUCUGGUGAACACAAAAGUAGCCAGAGAUGAACCAAACACACAAACAACAGAAGAAAAAGCAGAGAUGAAGAAAAAAGAAAGUAAAUCUGAGAGCUCUGGAGAUGUGAGCACCUCAUUGAAGCGAGAACAUUCUGGAGUGGAGGGUGAGGAAGGUGCAAAUAAAGAGGAAGAACUGAGUCCAGAGGAAAUACGAGUGCUGGAGAGGAAGAUGAAGAAGAUUCGGAAAAAGGAGGAGAAGAAGAAACUGAGAGAAGAAGGCAAAAGCACAAAAAAGGAGAAGGUCAAGACAAAUAUUGCAGAGAAGCAGGCGCUGGAAUACCUCACAUGCUGGUCUGAGAGAAAAGAGGAGUGGAAGUUUCAGAAAACCAGGCAGACGUGGUUACUGCAGCACAUGUAUGACGAUAUGAAGGUGCCUGAUGCUCACUUCGAGUUGCUGUUGUCCUAUCUUGAGGGUCUUCGUGGAGCUGCACGAGCGACCACACUGCAGAAAGCUGAAGCGUUGGUGCGCUGGGAAGGACAAGGAGAAGAGAAAAAUACAGCAGAUACUGACAAGAGAAAGGAGAGAGCCAAACAGAUUAUUCAGAUGCUGUAGAGGACCAAACAAAACAUCAAAAUGAAUUUUUUUCUGUGUUACUGUGAAUGUCAUUUUCCACUCAUUCAAGUGAGCUGCCAUUAUGUCUUUACCUGUAAAUGUGUUAAAAUAACAGCAUUUCCUAAAAUAAACAGAAUUUCUGACCCUAA